GUCUGGGGAGAGAUGAACAGUUAAUGUUAUUGUUUUUUGUUGAUGUUGUCUAACACACGUGUGUGACUGCUCUACAACAACAACCACCAAGCAUCACGAUCGGAACAGAUCAGAUCGCUCUCUGCUCUAGGACAUUUGAAAGGGCUUUAGACAUGUGUGAUAACAUUGAAGAUUUCAAAGUGAAGGAGGCUCCUAGUGCAGCUUACUACAUUCCAAACUUCAUCAGCAGAGAGGAGGAGAAAUACUUAAUAGACCAGGUAAAUUCAGCCCCCAAACCUAAAUGGAAACAACUGUCAAAUCGAAGGCUGCAGAACUGGGGAGGCCAACCUCACCCAAAAGGAAUGAUAGCAGAGAAACUUCCAAAGUGGCUUGAUGUAUAUACUCGGAAGGUUGCUGAUCUUGGUGUGUUCGGUGAUCUAGUUCCUAACCAUGUCUUAGUUAAUGAAUACCAGCCAGGACAAGGUAUAAUGCCUCAUGAGGAUGGCCCAUUGUUCCAUCCGGUAGUCACUACAAUCAGUCUCGGUUCUCAUACAUUACUGGACUUUUAUCAACAUCGACGAGACUCCACUCAAGAACCUUCAGCUCAUCAAUCUACUCAGGAUGGCGAUUCCUCAUCUGAGACACCAGUCCAACAUCAUGUCUCAUCUUUGCUCCUUCAACCUCGUAGUCUUCUGGUUCUUAAGGAUGACAUGUAUACAUCUUAUCUCCAUGGUAUCACGGAGACAACCAGUGAUCUUAUCACAGACAAAGUAGUCAAUGUUGACAGGAUGGACCAUAGCAUCGGUGACACACUAGACAGGUCAUGUCGCAUUUCACUGACCAUUAGACAUGUUCCCAAAACUCUAAAAAUGAACUUGUUUGGCAAGAGAUGAUAAAGAGCAGGAUAACUGGAUCACAGUAUAUUUGUAAUUACAAUAGAACAAUCAUUGUAAUGGCCACUAUAAAAGUUAUAGACAAGUCUCUUCUACAUUUUGUUUCAAUUAUUUCAUUUCAAUUAUUCUGAUUGUGAAGCCAAGGACUCUAAUCACAGUACUGCCAAGAACACAAUGGAGAAAAGACAAGGAAGGAAGUUUCAGUUUAAGAUGUGGAAGGAAAAGCACAAACAAAUUACUCAAGGGGAAAUCAACGAAGUCGGGUACGGACUGAAAACCCAAUCCACGUAGUGCCCCUGGCGUGAUUCGAACCGGGUCCUAGAGGUGGAAGGCAAAAGAUACCACUACGCCAACUCCACUACAUAAAGUUAAUAAUUUUGUUUAAAGGUGGGGGUCGGGACCGGGACCUGGCCGUAGCAACCCGUUUCUAACCAAAACAAAAUAAUCAGACAGUUAUCAAACUCAACUUUGCAAUCACUCUAUUUUUUCCAUUUUUAUUUUCAAUUUUUCCAAACUUUUAAACAUCAAAUGUCAACUUUCUUGUCCGUUCGGACAAUUUUUAAGAAGACUGUUGCAAAAACUAGUGUUUCUCAUUAAUAUUAGUUUUAAUUUUAUAAUCUAAACCAAAUCCCAGCAUGGAGUCAUUGUACAUUAUCUACAGAUAGUUCCAUACUUUAAUAAUAUCUUUUAGAGCUGACAGCAGCACAUCGCUUUCUUUAGAAAACCACAAAUUUGUUUCUAAAAAGCUUUUGCUAAAUGUUUUUAUAAGGACAGAAUGUUAUAAUUUGUUUACAGCAGAAUAAAGUAUGAUUUGGUAUUCACACAAGAUAAAAUGAUUCAUUUGUAUAUGUCAAUAUUUUUGCCAGAGCUUAAUGUACACAAACAAUAAUGACCUUCACCCUUCACAUAACGCCACUUAAAAGGAAAAAUUGAAUUAAUGAAAGAACAAAUUUCAGAGAUUAGGGACAUCGUUAUACUAUACUUAUUUUAUACCAGAAGUCUGAACCUUCAAAGCAUAUAACCUCAAACAUAUGGCGUUAGAAGUUUUACUGUACGAUUCAGUGUUUUCAUUGAUUCAUACUCGGGCCUGAUACUGUACGGAGGCAACAAAGGCGAUUGCCUCCAUGCCCCCCCUAGUCAUUGCCUUGGUGCCCUUGAAAUGCUCA